AUGCAGGUGCAGACGCCGUUCUCUAAUCCCUCCAACCAUGUACCCAUGUUUCAGUCCGUCAAUGGACAGUCCAUGCCAGUAUCACCACAGAAGGACCAGUGGAUGGCUGCCAAUCUCAAAGACCCCAAGCGGAUGCGUCCCGCCAGCCCUACCAUCCGCUCGCACAACGAACUUCGAAGAGGUGAUGGCAUCCGCAAGAAGAACGCACGCUUUGACAUCCCUGCUGAGCGCAACCUCAACAACAUCGACAAGUUGAUCCAGCAGUCGACGGAUGAACAAGAGAUCAAGGAGCUGAAGCAACAAAAGAGACUGUUACGAAACCGACAAGCAGCUCUCGACUCUCGACAACGCAAGAAGCAACACACUGAACGUCUCGAGGAUGAGAAGAAGCAUUAUACUGCCCUCAUCGGCGAGAUGGAGGAAGAGAUGCAGGAGCUCAAGGCACAGAUGGAGCAACUCUUGCGAGAGAAGCAGCAGGACUUUGAAGUCAUCCAGACCCUGAAGUUCGAGAAGGAAGAGAUGAUGCGCACGCAUACCAUCGAGUCCGGCGAACUACGCAAGAAGAUUGGCGUUCUCACGAACCAUGUCCAGACACUUGAAUCUGCUGCCAUGUCAACCGCCCCAGCGGUCGCCAAUACCUCCAGCUAUCCUAACGCCUCCUUUGGCGACAUGGAUGGCCUCACCAUGGAUGGUUCUUGGGACAACAUGGGUUUCCUCAACGACUUCCCCAUGGAACAAGACGUCAAGGCUGAAAUGCAAAUGGUCCCUGUUAAGAAGCCUGAGGUGCAGUUACCUGCCGACACUGAAAAGCCCGCCAACCAGGGCGGUCUUCUCUUCAUGCUUUUCCUCGUCGGUGCAUUCGUCCUCUCGAGCCGACAGCCAAGCAUCCCGCGCGUUUCCGAGGAUGUUCGCGCUGGGGCUGCCACGCUUCUUGAAAAUGUUCUCAAGGAUGCCGGUGUUUCGCAGAGUGCAUCCAGUGGUCUGGAUAAUGUUGCUGCCCAGCCUUCUAGCACUGGCUGGGCCGCGGCUCCUGUCCCUUCGAUGCAGGUCAUGACUGGCCUCAAUGGCGUCGCCCCCUCCAUGCUUGGAGAUCUUUCCGACAGCUUGACACAACCAACUCAGGAACAGACCAACGAGCAGCUAUUCUCACUGACACCAGCCCAAUAUAACGGUAUCAAUUCCCAGGAUUUUCUACACAAUGCUCCAGAGCGCACCACAAGCCAAGGCCGACGCAACCUCGCCGAUGCCCUUGCAUCGAUGCGCAGCAACAACAAAGCACAAGUUUACACGCGGUCUCUCCUCUGGGACCAGAUCCCAAGUGAUGUUGUUCGCAGCUUCGCUAAGAUGGUCGCCGAGUGCAAUAGCCCCGGCGCAACGACAGGCAAUGACGCCGAAACAUGA